ACGACAUAUAUCAAGAAGCAACAUGCAGCGGACUACUUUGCGACAGUGACCGGCAAAAUCGAAAACAGAGAUGUCAGGUGAUAAAAAACAACGUUGGGUGCCUUUGGAAUCAAACCCAGAGGUCCUGAACAAGUAUGUGCACAAUUUAGGAGUUCCACAUGACUGGGAGUUUGUAGAUGUGUAUGGAAUGGACCAGGACUUGCUGAUGAUGGUGCCACGUCCAGUUAUUGCUGUGAUGCUUCUCUAUCCAAUCACAGAACAGUCUGAGAGUGAGAAGAUUGGGGUGGAGAAUCCAGCUGCAGAUGGUGUUUACUACAUGAAGCAGACGGUCGGAAAUGCUUGUGGUACUGUUGCUGUGAUACACGCACUCGCCAAUAACACAGAGCAAAUCAAAUUUGAAGAUAACAAACAUUUUAAAGAGUUUCUGGAGGAAACUUCAGGAAAAGAGCCAAACCAGAUAGCAGAUAUACUGGAAAAGGAUACGGCAAUGGGUGCAGCACAUGAAGACAGUGCACAGGAGGGGCAGACUGAGGCACCGUCAAGAGAAGAUAAAAUCAAUACACAUUUCAUUGCCUUUGUUUGUAAAAACAAUGAACUUUAUGAACUCGAUGGAAGGAAAACUGGUCCAGUUCAGCAUGGUUCAACAGCUCCUGACACUUUACUUGAGGACACUAUUAAAGUUGUGAAGAAGUUCAUGGAACGAGAUCCCACACAACUCAACUUUACAUUAAUGGCGUUGGCAAAGGUGUCCUAGAAGUUUGGCAGUCCUCUUUUAUCACCAGAGUGCUAUGUUGCAAUAUUACACAAGUGAAUACAUGAUAUAAUAUGUUGUAAAUGUUAAUUCAGUAGUCAAACAGAUUCUGUUGACCUCCAUUAUCUCUAAUACAAGAAUAGAUACAAAAACAAACUAAUUUGGUUAAAAAUAUUUGGUAGUAAAAUGACUGUUAAAUCAAUUCGAACUUGUGCAAAUGCUUUUUGUGACUACAUGCAGUUGCAUGUGAAGUGACACUUGUAAUUUCUUCCCCUUGGCAGAGUAAUAACUACAUUACAUAAAGUCAAAACAAAGAAAAUAAUAGAUGACAAUUUACACUAAAACUUGAUUGGUUUAUUGGAUUUGAUAAUAUUAGUGUAUAUAUUUUUAUCUUUAAAAAUAACACCUUUAGCGAUCAAUCAUUACACAGGUAUUAAACAUGUGACCACUUCUGUUAGUUACUAUGUACAUCAGUUAUGAUAUAGCAUUUGAAAUCAGAGCUUAAUAUAACUGUAAUCAAAAGGUGUUUGUAUUUGACAUUGCCUAGCAAGGUAAUUUUGGAAAAUAGAAGAAAAAAGAGUUAUCCGGCUUUGUCUGAAAUGAGUACAUGAAAUGUUAGCAAUUAGUGACUGUCAGUUCUUAUUUUUUCAUAUUUAAUUCACAUUUUAUUAUAUUUAAGAAUAAAAGCUUGAAAGAUU